AAAGUCAAAUUGGCAUGGAAUAAUUUACAUAAAAAUGAGAAGUACAAUGAAAACGUGCAACACGAAUUUCGCAUUAAAUCCACGAGAAACGAACGCGAUGCUGAUGAAUUGUCUGCGCAUUUUGUGAAUUAUCCUGAGAAGGAUAAUCCAGUGGAUCUUCGAGCAAACUUUACCAAGGUUGACAGCAUUAAUAGUUCCAAUAAUGGAAAUAACAGUACAAAUUGUAAUAAUAUUACUUGCAUUCAACUUUGUUGUCCUCUCGGUAAUCGCUUGAUUGAUGGAGAAUGCAUUGCUGGAGAAAAUGAAUAUGUGUUCCCAAACGUGUAUGACUAUUCGAACUAUUCGUUCCAGAGCAAAAAUAAGACAGUGGAUGAACUCUUUCAAUUUAUCGUCCAACCUCCAUGCCAGGAAACUAAACCCUUUCUGCUUAAUUCAAACGAUUCUGACAAGUACAUGUUUUUUACAGACGGUUUUCUGUAUCUUCCUUAUUUUGAAAGAUUCAUCAAUUCAACGUCCUAUUGUCUGGCCGUUGUGGAUCAUAAUCAGUUUGAUGCGAUUGUCUGUUUGGAGAGUCUGAACAAAACCAUUCAAGAAAUUAGUUUGGAUAAAAAUGACUACAUGUAUAUAGAUUUAAUACAGGAGAAGCUGACAAGGAUUAUAAUUUUUUUUACAAGUUGCCAAAUAGUGUCUAUGUUCUUUUUGCUUAUUGUAAUCUUGGUAUACUCUAUAUUGCCAGAGCUUUGUAACACACAUAGUUUUAUGCUACGCAGAUACAGCAGUUUGUCGAUUAUAGGAUGUCUGAUCGAAAUUUUGAGCUGUCUAAUCGAUGCGAGUGAGAUAUAUUCCAUCUGUAUUAUAAGUGCUUUAAUCUCCUAUUUCUUUUUUUUGGCAAGUUUCUUCUGGUUAAGUGUAAUGAGUUUCGAUAUGUGGUGGGCAUUUAGAGAAGUUCGCUCGUUACGAAGAAAUGCGAAACAACAAGAAAAAAAGAAAUUGAUAUAUUCUAUCGUUGCUUGGGGAAGUCCCUUCAUUCUCACUAUCAUCUGUGCCUUCAUGGAACUUAUUUCCAAUAAUGUGCCAAAAAUAUUUCGACCGGAAUUUAGUGUCAAUGAUUGUUGGUUUUCUCUUGAAAGUGCAGCGUAUCGCUUGUAUUUUUACGGGCCUAAAAGUAUCUGUAUAAUCAGUAGCAUUUGGUUAUCUAUCUAUACAGUAUUGAAAAUCGCAAGUUAUGAAAAAAACAUGGCCCGUCAUCUGAGAAAUUCAGAAAGCCGAUGUUAUAAUGACAACAAGCAAUGGUUUAAUCUAUAUCUGAAACUAUAUAUUAUGUUAUUUAUCAUAAUAGCCAUGCAAUGGAUUAUGACAACAUGUGUGGAAUUGUUAUUGUCGAUUGAUUAUAAUGUAAUCAUAAUAAUGUACAUCAGCUAUAGUCUUCUUGUGUUGGAAACAUUACAAAAUAUCAGUAUCUUCAUCAUAUUUGUGUGUAAGAAGAAAAUCAUGCGCCUGCUCUUAAAGCGAUUCUAUCAAAAUCGCGGAUCUGCUUCCGAAAUCUCAACACGCAGCAGUUGUUAUAGUGAACAACUUCAUCAUCAUGAAAAUAAUCUUUCUAUGGAAGAAUAUAAAGUACAAGAGAGCGAACCGAAGAAGAAAUCGACGAUGUGGAGAAAAAAUCUCAAGUUCUGCUGUUGUGUGUUUCUACUCAUUAUUGUAUCUUUAGUAUCCCAAUCAAGUUCUAUGAGUGACGAUAAGAAAGAUCAAAAUUCGAAUAUUGUAAAAUGCGAGUUUGACCAGAACGCCAAAAAAGAUUGUGACAAAAAAGCAGAAUUAUCGCGGAAUAAUAUACACAAAAAUGCUACCAAGUAUAACAACGAUGUGCAAUAUGAGUUAAUAAAAUCCACGAGAAACGAUCGCGAUGAUGAUGACUCGAUGCAGGAGGAAUUUUCUGCACAUUUUGUAAAUUAUCCUGAAAAAAAUAAUCAAAUGGACCUUCGGGCGAACUUUAUCAAAGCUGACAGCAUUAAUAAAUCCAAUAAUGGAAAUAACAGUACAAAUUAUAUCGUGCCACACGAAAUGUGCGAUAAUAUUACUUGCAUUCAACUUUGUUGUCCUCUCGGUAAUCGGUUGGUUAACAAGAAUUGCAUUGCUGGAGAAAAUAAAUAUGUUUUUCCAAACGUGUAUGGCUAUUCGAACGAUUCGUUGCAGAGCGAAAAUAAGACAGUGGAUGAACUUUUCCCUUUAAUCGUCCAAUAUCCUUGUCAGGAAACUAAACACUUUCUGCUUAAUUCGAACGAUUCCGACGAUUACGACAAGUACAUAUUUUUCACAAACGGUUCUCUGUAUCUUCCUUAUUUUGAAAUAUUUAUCGAAUCAAUGUCCUAUUGUCUGGCUGUUGUGGAUCAAAAUCAGUUUGAUGCGAUUGUCUGCUCGGAGACUCUGAACAAUACCAAUGAUAAAGAAAGAGAAAUUGGUAUCAAUAUGUAUAAUCGUACAUUAAAGAUGAUUAUCACCAUUUUAUAUUUUGGUUUUCAUAUAGUGUCUAUACUCUGUUUACUCAUAAUAUUCUUAGUGUACUCAAUAUUUCCAGAGCUUCGUAAUACACAUGGUUUCAUUCUGCGUAGAUAUAGUAGUUUGUCUUUUAUAGCAAACAUGAUCGACAUUUUAGGCGACCUAAUCCAUAUGAAUCCGACAGAUUUCUGUCUUUUGACUGGUUUUUUCAAUUAUUUCUUUCUCUUAGCGAGUUUUUUCUGGUUAAGUGUAAUGAGUUUCGACAUGUGGUGGACAUUUAGAGAAUUUCGUUUGUUACGAAGAAAUGCGAAACGACAAGAAAAAAAGAAAUUGAUGUAUUCUAUUUUUGCUUGGGGCGGUCCCUUCAUUCUCGUUAUCAUCUUUGGCUUUAUGGAAUUUAAUCCCAACGUGCCAAAAAAAUUUCGACCGGAUUUUGGCAGCCAUUAUUCUUGUUGGUUCUAUGAGGCUGUAACAUAUCAGUUAUAUUUUUAUGGGCCUAAAAGUAUCUGUAUUAUCGGUAGCAUUUGUUUAUCUAUCUAUACAGUAUUAAAGAUUACAUCCUACGAGAAGGAUACGAUUCGCCAUUUGAGAGAUUCAGAAAGUCGAUGUUAUAAUGACAACAAGCGAUGGUUGACUCUAUAUUUGAAACUAUAUAUCACAUUGUUUAUUAUAAUGGCUGUACAUUGGAUUUUAUCAUCAUCAUUAGAAUUUUUCUGGGAAUUGAUGAUUAAUUAUAUUUCAUUGACAUACUUCUGGUUGAUUCUUCAAUUGAUAGAAACUAUACAAAAUAUCAGUAUCUUCAUCAUAUUUGUGUGUAAAAAACCAAUCAUACGACUGAUAUUAAAACGAUUCUGUUAAAAUCGCGAAUCUAUUUUUAAAACCUCAACACGCAGCAGUUGUUAUAGUGAACAACUUCACGAAUAUGUCAGAAAAAAUUUAUCUAACUAGAAAACUAGACUACACAAGCGCGCUUCGCGCGCGUCUGUGAUUAUUUCUAUUAUUUAGUUUACAACUCUAAAAUUGUUAAUCUUCGCGAUAACAGUUGCUUGAUGCUAUGAAUAAGACUAUAAUUUUAA